GACGCGGGACGGAGCAGAGCAGGCACUCAUCUUCUUCUUCCACUCACACUGAGUCGCACACAUCUCUGAGAUCCAUUUUUAUUAUUUACUAUUAAUUAAUAUUUUUAUUUUCAUUUUUAUUGAUUUCUCUCUUAUAACACACACAAUGAUAUAAGGCAGCUUCCAAGUUUGUGCUGUUUAAAUCUGUAAGACUGUAACUAAUAGUUAUACAUACAUAAUUACAUAUACACACGGGAUCUGUUGAGAUCGGUCACCGGAAUGGCGGUGGCAGUGCGUGGCGGUCGCGGCGGCGGAUCGGCACUCUCCGUUGGGAUUAGGAACUUCUUCUCCUACCGGAUCUUUGUGUCGGCGAUGUUCACGCUUCUCUUUCUCGCUACUCUCUCUGUUUUGUUCUCUUCGCAUCCUCCUCCUCUCCCCGCUCACUCCUCCGUUAUACAGAGUACUGGAAAUGCUUACAUGCAUAGGACCUUUCUAGCAUUGAAGUCUGAUCCGUUGAAGACUAGGUUAGAUUUAAUUCAUAGGCAGGCAAAUGAUCACAUGGCACUUGUCAAUGCAUAUGCAGCUUAUGCGAGGAAGCUGAAACUUGACAUUUCUCGGCAAUUAAAAUUAUUUGAUGACCUAGCACAAAAUAUAUCGGAUGUGGCUCUAAAGCCAAAAUAUCGCACGGCGUUGAUUGAGUCUGAUGCCCCAGUGGAUGAGGAUUUGUUGAGACAAUUUGAAAAGGAAGUAAAGGAUAAAGUUAAGAUUGCGCGGUUAAUGGUUGGGGAUGCAAAGGAGUCAUAUGAUAAUCAGCUAAAGAUUCAGAAAUUAAAAGACACAAUAUUUGCAGUAAAUGAGUUGCUUAUUAAGGCCAAGAAAAGUGGUGCUUUUGCUAGUUUGAUUGCAGCGAAAUCAACUCCAAAGAGUCUACAUUGUCUUGCAAUGCGGCUCAUGGGGGAACAGAUUGCAAAUCCUGAGAAGUUUAGAGAUGAUGCGCCUAAACCAGAGUUUGAAGACCCCACUUUAUACCAUUAUGCAUUAUUUUCGGAUAAUGUGAUUGCUGUGUCUGUUGUGGUGAAUUCGACAGUAAUGAAUGCAGUUGAGAAAAGCAAACAUGUUUUCCAUGUUGUUACUGAUAAAAUGAAUGUUGCGGCAAUGAAGGUAUGGUUUAAGAUGCAGCCGGUGGAAGGUGCACAUGUGGAGGUUAAAGCAGUGGAGGAGUAUACAUUCUUGAAUUCUUCUUAUGUCCCAGUACUUAAGCAAUUGGAGUCUGCAAAGCUGCAGAAGUUCUAUUUUGAGAACAGGGCUGAAAACGCGACUAAAGAUGUAAACAAUUUGAAAUUUAAAAAUCCCAAGUACUUGUCAAUGUUGAAUCACCUUCGAUUUUACUUGCCCGAGAUGUAUCCAAAGCUACACCGCAUACUGUUUCUCGAUGAUGAUGUUGUGGUUCAGAAAGACUUGACCCCAUUGUGGAGAAUUGACAUGGAAGGAAAGGUGAACGGUGCUGUUGAGACCUGCUUUGGAUCAUUUCACCGCUACGCUCAGUAUUUAAAUUUCUCUCACCCGCUCAUAAGGGAUAAAUUCAGUCCCAAGGCCUGUGCAUGGGCUUUUGGCAUGAAUAUGUUUGAUCUUGAUGCUUGGAGGCGUGAAAAAUUGACCGAAGAGUACCAUUACUGGCAGAAUCUGAAUGAGGACAGAACUUUAUGGAAAUCAGGGACCCUUCCACCUGGUCUGAUGACAUUUUAUUCAACUACAAAGUCAUUGGACAAAUCAUGGCAUGUGCUUGGGCUUGGUUAUAAUCCAAGUAUUAGCAUGGAUGAGAUCAAUGGUGCUGCUGUGAUCCAUUUCAACGGAAACAUGAAGCCUUGGCUUGACAUUGCCAUGAACCAAUUUAAGAGUCUCUGGUCAAAAUAUGUUGAUAAUACUAUGGAGUUUGUGCAAAUGUGCAAUUUUGGCCUCUAGAUGAGUAGCUUCAAAGGUGUCAUCUACUUCGAGGCUGAAAAGGCAUCUAGUAAGAGGUACUAUUGUCCACUUGAGUUACUUGGUAGUUUUCAGCACUUGUAUCUCGCUAUACUGGUAUCUUAGAGCGAAGCUCUGUUUGUCAUACUUAUAAUGGUAUGCCACGUUUUUGUUGUUCUGUUAGUUGAAUGAACCAAGAUGGUUGGGUUUUGUACACACUGACAUGAUUCAUUUGUACGAGACAUAAUGUAACAAUGAUUUAGCCUGUAAAGAACAAGGAUUUACCAAUUGGUUCUCCGCUAUGUCUGCAGAAAUAUAUUAUUUUAUACAA